AUGGAGAAAUCUAAAAACUUUCGUAUCGACGCAUUGCUGGCGGUCGAUACACCCAAAGUACAGACUUCCCCUCUUGCGCUUGUAACAUCGCUGUCAUCCAACUCUUCCAUGCAGUCCUCUGUGAGCGUGGCGGCCGCAGAGCUCACCGACUCUUUACGCACGGAAACACCGUCUCCUCCCAGGAUUUCUACUUGCGGCUUGAUUCCUAAACCAGGCUUCCUCAACAGUCCUCACAGUGUGGUCGGAUUACACCCCCAGAGCACCGCGGGCAUCCCGGCUCAGGCUCUUUACGGCCACCCUAUGUACACAUAUUCUGCUCUCACCGGACAGCACCCCGCCUUGUCUUACCCGUAUCCGCAUGGCUCCCAUCACCAUCAUGCCACGGACCCCAUCAAACUCUCGGCCAGCACGUUUCAACUGGACCACUGGCUGCGCGUGUCUACAGCCGGCAUGAUGUUGCCCAAAAUGUCAGAUUUUAAUUCCCAGGCACAAUCAAAUUUGUUGGGUAAAUGUAGACGACCGAGAACGGCGUUCACCAGUCAGCAGCUGUUGGAGCUGGAGCAUCAGUUCAAACUGAACAAGUACCUGUCACGACCAAAGCGCUUUGAAGUGGCCACGUCCCUCAUGCUCACGGAAACUCAGGUUAAAAUAUGGUUCCAAAAUAGGCGGAUGAAGUGGAAGAGGAGUAAGAAGGCCAAGGAGCAGGCCCAGGAGGCCGAGAAGCAGAAGGGCACAAAGGGCCAGGAGAAAUCAGAAGGACUCGAUAAGUCAGAAUAUAACAGCAAGACAGACUCCAAGAACGGCAGAAUAAGAGACUUUACUGACAGCGACGAUGAAAAUGGCGACAACUUCCUUUACAACUCUUCAGAUUGCUCUUCUGAUGACGAAAGGAACCGUGCCAGUGACACUAGUCCGUGCCCAUGA